AGGGCUACAGAAGCCGAGGCUUGGCUGUCUUUUUCAAAGCAACUCAGUUAACUGCUCUGUUUUGUAAGGGCCAUUACCCCUCUAGUCUAAAAUAGUGGCAUCUAGGCAAUAACAUGAAAUCCGUUAUAUUUUUAUGUACUACCUCGUUGUUAGUACUGUUUACGGCAGUACGCUGCGAGAAAAAGGAUUCGGUUCCCGAAGGCAAUCUCAUAGUUUUGACUGUUGCUACUGAAGAGACAGAUGGCUUUCGGCGUUUCAUGAGAUCAGCUCGACAUUUCAAUUACACUGUCAAGGUGUUAGGGAAAGGGGAGAAAUGGAACGGCGGUGGCUACAAGACCCCCCCAGGAGGAGGUCAGAAGGUGCGCCUCCUCAAAGCUGCCCUGGAGGAGGUGACGGAGGAGGACAAGGUCGUCCUCUUUACUGACAGCUACGACGUGGUGUUUGCCUCCGGGCCCAAGGAGCUGCUGAAGAAGUUCCAGCAGGCUAAGCAUAAGGUGGUCUUCUCCUCAGAGACUCUGAUCUGGCCCGACCGACACCUGGAGGACAAGCACCCCUACCCCAGAGAGGGCAACAGGUUCCUGGGCUCAGGAGGUGUCAUCGGUCAUGCUUCUAACCUGAAAGAACUGGUGGCCAGCUGGACUGGGAAGGACAAUGAGAGCGAUCAGCUCUUUUUUACCAGGAUUUACAUCAACCCAGAGAAGAGGAAAUCCAUAAAUAUAACUGUGGACAACAAAUGCAGACUGUUUCAAAAUCUCAAUGGUGCACUGGAUGAAGUUGUGCUGAAGUUCGAGGAUGGACAAGUCAGGGCCAGAAAUGUGCUUUAUGACACCUUGCCAGUCAUCAUCCAUGGCAACGGACCCACCAAGCUCCAGAUCAACUACCUGGGCAACUACAUCCCCAAGCUGUGGACCUUUGAGACGGGCUGCACCGUGUGCAGUGAGGACCUGCGUCCGCUCACAGGCCUGAAGGAGACGGAGUAUCCGCUGGUGGUGGUGGGCAUCUUCAUCCAGCAGCCCACGCCCUUCGUCUCUGUCUUCUUCGAGCGCCUGCUGAAGCUCAAGUACCCCAAGAACAGACUCCGACUCUUCAUCUUCAACCAGGAGACUCAUCACGAGAACCAGGUGGUCAGCUUUGUGAAGGAUCAUGGGACAGAAUACCAGGGGGUGAAGCUGAUUGGCCCAGAGGAGGGUGUGGAUGUCAUCGAGUCCCGUAACAUGGGCUUUGCGGAGUGCAGAGAGGACAUUGACUGUGAAUACUUCUUCAGUGUGGACAUUGAGGUGGUCCUAACGAACGAUGACACUCUCAGGAGCCUCAUCGAGCUCAACAAGCCCCUGAUCGCCCCCAUGAUGACCAAGCCUGGGAAACUCUGGACCAACUUCUGGGGGGCUCUGAGUGCCGACGGAUACUACGCCAGAUCUGAGGACUAUGUGGACAUUGUGCAGGGACGCAGAAUUGGGAUCUGGAAUGUUCCGUAUGUGUCGCACGUGUUCCUGGUGAAGGCCAGUGUUCUGAGGGACGAGCUGAAAGCUGAGAAUGUCUUCAGCUCUGAAACCCUGGACCCCGACAUGGCGUUCUGCCGCCAGGCACGAGACCAGGGAGUGUUCAUGUAUGUAACAAACCUGCACACCUACGGACGAGUUCUGUCGAUGGAAACCUACCAGACGGGCCAUUUGCACAACGACCUCUGGCAGAUCUUCGAGAACCCUGUGGACUGGCAAGAGCGCUACAUUCAUGAAAACUACACCCGCAUAAUGAAGGACAAAUUAAUAGAAACUCCCUGCCCGGAUGUGUACUGGUUUCCCAUCUUCUCUGAGGUGGCGUGCGAACACAUCGUGGAGGAAAUGGAGCACUUUGGGCAGUGGUCUGGUGGUGCUAAUAAGGACACCCGUAUCCAAGGGGGUUACGAGAACGUGCCCACAAUAGACAUCCAUAUGAACCAGGUGGGCUAUGAGAAAGAGUGGCACAAAUUCCUGCUGGACUUCAUAGCCCCUAUCACAGAGAAGAUGUACCCAGGCUACUACACAAGGGCUCUGUUUGAUCUGGCGUUUGUAGUUAGGUAUAAGCCCGACGAGCAGCCCUCACUCAGGCCGCACCACGACGCCUCCACUUUCACUAUAAACAUUGCACUCAACCAAGUGGGCACUGACUACCAGGGUGGAGGUUGUCGGUUCCUGAGGUAUAACUGCUCUGUCCAGGCGCCCCGUAAAGGCUGGGCUAUCAUGCACCCCGGCCGGCUCACUCACUACCACGAGGGACUGCCCACCACGGGAGGCGUCCGCUACAUCGCCGUGUCCUUCGUUGACCCCUGAACACCUCCGCCGUGCCGGUGCCGCGCCGGUUCUGCACCGGUGGCUUCGGCUCCUCUGGUGCUGUUGUACCCUCCAUGCACUCCAGUGGGGCGUUUUCGUCUGUUGUCAAAGUUUCAGGGGAGCCAUGAGUCUAGUAUGAGUGCUUUAAAAGAUCAUUUCCAAACGCGGAGAGUGAUGUACUUUAGAGAUGGUGCCUUACGUUAGAAAGCCUGAAUGUGUGUGUGUGUUUUUUUUUUUGUAAAUUUGUAUACAGUGAACAAAGUUUUAUACGGAGAGGAUUGAUUAAAUCCCUUUGGCAACUGAAUCUGUGAACUCAGGCAUAUUGGACACUGCUUACAGUUGAAUUGAAGUCUUAUGCAAGUGGUGUGUUUUAGUAAAGUUUUGUAAUGCCAGGCCUAUUUAUUAGCAUGUGUAUUUGACUCUGUUGAGGGAAAUUAUUCCAAAGACAUAACUGGGAUAUUUGGAAUGUGCAAUAUUUGAAGAACGGAAUUUGAUGCACAUCUUGAAUUGGUUUUACACAUGUGCGUUGACCAUCCAAACCAGUUGCAUCACCACUUAAAGUAACAAAAAAUCAGAGCCAGUGUUUGUAUACUUUAUUACGACAUAUAGAAAAUAUUCUUCCUAUUUCUGUGAUUUUAGGACAACGGUUUUGUUAUUUUUAAAGGCAUACUGGCACAGCCUCGAGUCAAUAAAUAUGUUAACAAAA